AUGCAGAUCUAUGAAGCGACUGACGGUCGGCUGUGCUCGCAGGAGGCGAAGCAAGUGACUGCGGGGCCGGUGCCCGCGUCCACGUGGAACCCCCCGCGGGAGCCGCAGCUGCUGGCGGACCGGCGCGCGGCGAACCGGCAGGCGGCGCAGCAGCUGCUGGAGCAGGCGCGGGCCGGCGCCUUCCGCUGCGCCGCCACCGGCGCCGCCAAGUCGGAGCGCUACUGGCGCCGGCUGCAGCAGCUGCAGCAGGAGCGCGUCGAGCAGCUGCGGCCGCGGCAGCCCGCCAGGCGCCCGCCGCCCACCGACAAGGUCACGUCUGCACGGUCUGGCCGCUCGCCGGGCCUACUGGACUCGUCUCGCAGUCUGUCAAGGACGGACAGGCAGAACUUAAAAACUGUUCAGCUGAACAAGAAUCUCGGCCUGUUGACUUACAGGGGUUUCUACAGGCCAGCAAGCUUUCCAGUGAAGAUGAAUGCCGCAACCAUACUGCGUGAAGGAGCACGCUUCCUCAGGGACGAAGAACAACAAAUACAAAGGCUGCGCGCCGUCGCGGCCGGUCUAGCGGAUCCCGCAGAGGUAGAGCGCCUGCUGGCGGAGGAGGCGCGCUGCCUGAUGGAACAGCAGCUGGCCGACAUCGAGCGCAAACACCUGCAGGGGCUGCUGAGCCGCGAGGAGGCUGCGCUCGCCAGGCAGGCCGUGCUGCAGCGCAACCGCGAGGCCCACCAGCGCUGCCUCCAGGAGAGUGAGGAGCUGUCAGUGAUGCUGGAACAAAUGCGGGAGGAGGAGCUGCUGAGGGCGCAGCAGAUGGCGGAGAAGAGCCGCGCCGUGCAGCAGGCGGCGCGCGAGGCGCAGCAGCAGCUCCAGAGCCGUAGGCACGCCGCAGUUCAAGAAAUGAACGAAGAAACUAGAGCUAUGCUAGAGAAAGCACUGAAGGAGCGCGAGGAGGAACUGCGGCAGCGCGAGGCGCUGAUCCGGGAGGUGCGCGCGCUGCAGCAGGUGCGCGCCGCCUGCGCACGCGCAGAAGCCGAGGAGCGACGACGCGACGACGCCACCACCGCAGGCCUGGGCCUGCUCUGCGAGAUGUCCAUCGCGGAGCUGCGUGAGCGGCUGCAGCUGCUGCGUGAAGAACUGGAGGAGGAGCUACAGCUGCGGCAGCGGCGGGCGCGGGAUCAGCGCCACGACCACGACGCCCUGCUGCAGCACACGCAGCGCUUCGUGCAGCAGCGCCGCUCCGAGUUGAGAUCCGUACCGAAACCACAGAAGCAGGAGCUGAAAGUUCCAGACACAGAAGAACUAGAAGCACUGAGGAAGAAACUAGCAGAGAAACGUGAGCUGCGAAAGAAAAUGGAAGCUGCAGAGAAACUUAGCAGUAACACCUCGUCCUCGGCACACAGUGUCGAAGAACAGAGUUGUUCUCAAAUUGAAGAACAGAGUUAUUCUCAAAUUCAGCUGGAAGUAAAUAGUACUCAUGCCUGAAUUUUUUUUCAGCAUCUUAGUCCUUUGUGACUGGCAAUCACAAAAAUAUGGAGAAAGAAUUAUGCCGAAUAU